AUGUCGUUCGAUCCGAUUCAGUACCUCCCAAAUCAGAAGGACCAAAGACGGUGUCGAGCGGUUUCCGAACGGUCGUCACACAAGUCCACGCACACUGGACAUCCCUAUCCACGCAACAGUGCCACUAGUGCCAGUAUAUCCCGCACAAAUUCCCAGGUCUCUGAUAACAUCACACCGGGUUUACUACAUGACGACCUCGACGGUAUCCAUGGCGACCGAAAGCUCAAGCGCAAAGGCAAACAGCCAGAAGCGCCGAAACUAGAUCUUACUAAGUAUACAGCCCGUGAACGUAUCGCAAUCGAGUGGAUAUUUAAAAAGCUUGAAAUGGACAUGCUUACAUGGAAGGGUUGGCUACCGUUCGCCACCGCAGCCGAAAGGUCUGUGGCAGACGUAUACCUUUCCGAGGUGGUUGCGCAGGCAAACCAGAAAUGCUGUAGUAAUAUCAUUUUCACAGAGUCUUUAGCCUCUGAUCUGAUUCUAUCACUUGAAUCGUGUCGUACGAAGCUCGCCGAUGCAUUUGCAGCAUUUGCGUCCAAGUAUGAUCUCCAACCACCAAACGAUUCUCAGAUGACCGCUCCUGCCCGCAAAGAAUAUAUGAAAAAACGUCAAUCAUCACUUCUUGAUCUGUCGAAGGAAAACCUCUUUACAAACUUUCUCCACGGGUACAAAAUCAACAGCAAUAUCGUCAAGCUUCUUAUGUUCAACAAUGAAAAUUUCAUAGACGGCCAUAUCUACAAAUGGUACAAGGACCCCGAUUCGCCUCUCUACGACGAAACGCUCAGGCGCGGUUUAACCACGACCCCAAUCAUGUUGUUGGCAUGGUCAGCGGUUGCGCUGCGAUUUGCAAUUGACCGUAUAGUCAAUCCACGUACUCAAUUCAGUUGGGCGAAAUACGCUGAUUGGCACUCUGAGGUCAUUAAGGCCAUGGAGUGCGCUUAUGUGCAUCCAGUCCAUGGGGAGGAGUUUAAAGCACAUUUGUCAGAAAUCCACCUAAGAGGAAUGGAGGUGAUGACGGAGUCAUUGAACAAUCUACGCGCCAGGACCGUCUACAUACCCGCGUCAGCAUCUGAAAUGUCUCAACCGCUAGAAUUGUUCAAGUUAAAGUUGAACUGUCAUAGUAUCUCGCAGUCCUCCACUAUGUCAUUGCACUCGACUAGUGCUGAGCCAUACUUAGAUGUACCUUCCAAGUCUCCACAAAUGCACGCCUUCGCAGGAGGCUCAUCGAUACCCCCUUUCGCAGACCUGGAAGAUUCGCUCAUAGGCCCUUCCCCAUUUUCCGCCUCCGCAGGAGGCUCAUCGACAUCUCCUUUCGCAGACCUGGAAGACUCGCUCAUAGGCCCUUCCCCAUUUUCCGCCUUCGCAGGAGGCUCAUCGAUGCCCCCUUUCACAGACCCGGAAGACCCGCUCAUAGACCCCUCCCCGUUUUCCGCCUCCGCAGGAGGCUCAUCGAUACCACCUUUCGCAGACACGGAAGAGUCGCUCAUAGGCCCUUCCCACUUUUCACGACCCGUUGGCAGUUCACAUUAUCUGCGACCCGAGAUGGGGCUUGACUUCGUACAGUCGCCGCCCCAACUCGAGAUACAAGAGAACUACCACCCAUAUCUUCAACAGUCACUCAGUCUGGCGCCGUCAUUUGAUCAUGAUGAUCGGCCCUAUCAUCUACACCCGUACUAA